GUUAGUUGUCUGUUCCUGUUCCUGUUCCUGUUGUUUCAGUUUCAUUUCAGCCAGAGUAGAGUUCAGUUCAGUCAGAAUGCUACAGAUGCAGUUAGACCUGAACUGAUCAAAAUGUUCUACCGUGAACUAGAAUUUGAUGAUUCUGACAGUGAUCCGUUUGAUGAAUUUGAAUAUAGAGGUUAUUAUGGACGGAACAAAAAUAGUAUUAGACGUAGAAAUGAGGAAAAUUUAGACAUUUACUUUUAUAAAAUUCAGAAAAGUGUAAUUGAAGAAGAAACUAAAUCAGCUUCCUUAACUGAUGAAGAAGAAGAAAGACUGUUUGGUAAAAUAAACACAUAUCUCCAGAAACCAUUUGCAAUACCAGGAAUAUUUACGUUACAAAGGUUAGCAUUCAUCCCACCAAGAAUUUCUGCUGAUAGGUUAAACGAACUAGCAAAAACUAUUUGUAGGAACAUUUUCAUCCCAACAGCUGGAUACUAUUUAGAGGAGUAUGUGGAUUUUUGCAAAGCUUUUGCAUAUUUGACUGCGACUACAGACAGUGGAAAUCGUAUUAAGUUUGUGCAUGUUCUGAUAACAGCUUUCCUUGAGGAACUUCCAAAGAAGUUCAAUUACUCUCAGCGUGUAGAAAAAGUAUUGGAAAACAGAGAUAUUCCAUUGACGAAGAAGCAAGAGUGGAUUCAAAAGCAAGUUGAAGAGUAUAGGGAAAUAUUUUAUACAGCUACUAAGAAUAGUACAGAAUUUCUGAAAUGUGUGUUUGAAUGUAUUCCUGAAAUAGUGUUAAGAGUUGUUGAGUUUCUUCUGAAGUUACCAGGAGAAGAUGCAUUUGAGUAUUUGAGCAUGUUGUUGGAAAAAUUAAGAGAUUACUGUUGUUUUCAUGGUUUUGGAGUCCAUGAAAGAGUUUUAACUGAUAUCUACCACAUGAAAGUAAGACACUGGGUGAGAAAUGAACACAGGAAUGCUGUGAGGCUUUUAGGUGCUCCUUGUGCCAUCCAUGAAGAGAAUAUGUCUCCAUUAUUGGAAAGGAUCUCUGCUUUAUUACGUCAACACCUUCAGCUCAAUCAACAAAUGUGGAAAAUUAUUCAUGACGAGAUAAUUUCAAAUAAUGCCAACAAAUACUGCUCACAAGAUUACAUCAAAUAUUCUAUUAAAGACUGUCUAUUUUUUGAUAAGUUGGAUUUGGAAGAUGAUUUUACAAUCGAUGAUGAUGAUCUCUAUGACUGCAAUGUCUAUACUCUUCGAAGUAAGGACUUUACCGGUGAUUCCAGAAAGAUUUUUUGGAAUGGCCUUAAAGUAAAAAGACUAAUGGAAAAGUCUAAAAUUCCUGAACAAAAAACAUGGGGAAGGGGUACUGGAAGGUUUAAUGCCCCCAGGACCAGAAACUAUGGAAAGAUGUUCUAGUAAGUCAAAUAACUUAUUCGUAACAAUUCAUUGGUCUGAAAUUUUCUUAAGGUACUUAAUUAUAGUGCUCCCAGAAAAAAAAUUGAGAAAACCUCAUUAAAUGGCUCUAGUUAAACUUAGUCUAGGAAUUAUAAAGUGAUUGUGCCAAAAUCUUUAGUAGUAAAACACUCACCAAGUCCGCUGCUAUUGACUGCUCUACCCACUGGGUAGUCCCUUCCAUAAAUGGUUGAAGCUCAGCGGUGUCAUAGUCUUUUCUCUUUCCUAAAGAUCUAGAUGCGCUAGUAGGCGUAUCUCUAAAUUGUUUUUUCUUUAUAAAGUCGGUAGACUGUGCUAUUCCAGAGAUUCCCAAAGGGUUGCAGUUUUUGUCUAUCCUGUUAAGGUGCUAAAUUUGUUGGUGUCUAUACUAAGUAAUUCAUUAAACCUAAGUGAUAUUGCGAUCUAUAGCCUAAAUCAUUAUGUGGUUAUUGAGGAAGUACAAAAUUUAUUUAAACACAAUUGGAAACUGAACUACCUAAAUUGUUUAUUUAUCAAAAAAUUCAAAACUAAUUUUUCUUAUCACAAAUUUAUUUACAAUGUUGUACUAAAUUGAACCCUACAGUAGAACCCCGGUUAACCGAAAUAAAUGGGGGAGAGACGUUUCAGAUAACCAAUUUUUCAGUUAACCCAUCAAAUGCUAAAAAUAGCCUAUGUAUUACCACAGUGUGUAGGACAAAUGGAUUUAAAACAAUGUCUAUAUUAUACAGUGUUUUAUUUCAGUUACAAAAAUGUUUCAAUGGGUUGGAAAAGCCUCUUUCGAGGGAGGAAAGAGCCUCUCUGUUUACAUAUUACUUAUUGUACUUAUAUUUUAGACCUUUGUUAAUUUAUGGAACAAUUUCGGUUAAUCUGGGUUUCGGUUAACCCGAUUUCGAUUACCCCACUGUAUAUUUUAAACAGCAAAAACAUGUAACUUCGUUUUGAAUGCACUAUGAAAAGAAACAAGUAUUUCAUCAAAAGUGGUCUUUAAUGGACAAGGUGUUUUUCCAAACUAACUGACUAGGCGUAGAUGACAAACCCCACUGCCUUUAAUGUACCAUAAUUAGUAAUUCAACUUUGGAAGUCUAGUGUAUGUAUUUUUAAUUAUAUUAUUAUUAUUGGGAACUUCAUCACACUGUCAAGGACAUUAAACUUUGUUCCAGAGGAAGUCUUCAAUCGAUGUCACACAUUUAUUUACAUCACAAACAAAAAGACAAACUCAAUAAAUAAACAUUACAAAAACCCCUGUGCCGGGAAACAAGAUUUGCACAGAGGGCAUGUGAUGCUGAUGUGUUAUCGUUAUCUCGAAGUGUAUUUCCUCCUUCCUUAUCGCAGUUAACCAUUGUUUAGUUUGCGACUCACCUAUUCUUGUUGCUGAUUUGUAAAUUACACCAUGAAGUGAUAUUAUAUUGUAUUAUUAUUAUUAAUAUUAACUUGUAUAAGAUUACAAAUGUUGUUAACACAGUUUGUUCAAUAUGGUCUAGUCUCAGGCUAAGGUUUCAAUGUUUAAUUUGUAAGAUUCACAUCACAGCUAUGCAUUUUGUAUUGAAAUUGUAAUCACAGUAAUAAUACUGUAUGGUAUUGGGUUGGGUUUUUUCCUAGUAUUAUAAUUUGUUAAACUCCUUUAGUGUAUUGUGAAACAUUAAAAUAUACCUGAAAUAAUCCUCUUAGGCUACUUUAACAAUUCCACCUUAUUUCUAUUUGCCCUCCUUUUGGGCAGAAUGAAUGUAAUUCUUGCUAAAACCUGUAUGUUAGAUUUAUAUAUUUCUAAUACCUUGAUAUUUUUGUGAGCUGUAAUCGUAUUCAGCCUUCAGAGUAAAAUUAUCCUUAUUAUAAGAAUCCUGAUAUAAAAUUAUUCACCAUGUUGUUUUGUAAAAGCCAAAUGAGUAGUACUGUUGAAAAUAAUUGUAAUAGAUGUGUAAAUUAAUAAAAAAUGGUAAUGAACA